CCGGAAGUGUGUCAUCUGCAAGAAGAAAAGUUUUAGUUUGAAAUGAGCUCCAAAACAGUGGCAUUUCUCGCCGUCCAGGUUGUGUUAAUAUAUUGUGCAUAUAGAGCGUAUUAUAAAGAUGACACUGGACAAUCAUUGACACCUGAGGAAGAGAUAAUCAGUAUUUGGGAAGAACGGAUAAAGUUGCCAACAAGGCAGUUCAAAAAGGUUGCUGUGGGGUUGAACGCCAAUGUUGACCUAAUAGUGAAAGGUUCAGAACUGUUACGGAUGUUGAACAUCUCCCCUGGACACAAACUGGAUCAUCAUGAGCUGAACUCCCUUCAUGAACUCCAGGAGGUCUUUGCAUUCUUUCUUGCAAAGGGCUCUGGAGCAGAAAGAAAUUUUGCAAAUGGUGAAGAUUUUGGAAAAAUGGUUGAUGCAGCCGAGCGACUUUCUCGAGCUGAUUGGUUUAUUGGAGGAAAUGCUGCAUUAAUGGCACAAAAGAUUAUUACAACAUUCCCAGAUACUCAGGUACAGCUAGUCGGCCCAGUAGGCCCCAGACUGAAGUCACUCUUAGAUCAAAACAUGCAAGUUCCACAGAGCAGUAGGAUUGAUAAAGAUGAGGUGCACAUGAUCCUUGAAUUUGAACGUGGUGAAAAAUGGGGAGAUCACCAAGCCCCAGUGGCGACCCGAUUCAUCACGUCACAUGACCUCUCCAAUGCCAGGAUGGACAAGCUAGAGACGCUCUUUGCCAGUUUGGGUUCAUUUCAACCAGAUCUAGUCAUUCUCUCAGGGUUGCAUAUCAUGGAAGGUCAAAGUGAAGAUUUUUUGAAAAAGAGGCUAGAGGAUUUGGCGGGAAAUCUCCGUCUGCUGCCGAGUACUGUUCCCGUCCAUCUUGAGCUGGCUAGUAUGACUAAACCAUGGUUCAUGAAGCUCAUUAUGGAGAUUGUUCUUCCCACUGUGAGCUCUCUUGGUUUGAAUGAACAGGAGUUGGCCUUUGCCUCUCACGCAACUGACGGACCUCACAACACAAUGUACAAGGAAAUAAAGGGACAGCCGGAAAUUCACAAAGUCAGUGACAUCAUGACCUGGCUUUUGAAGACAUAUUCAUACGGAAGUAAAAACUACCCAAAUUCAAAACUAACCAGAGUUCAUUUCCAUUCAUUGACGUAUCAUAUCACAGGAACUUUGAACGUCGCAUGGAGAAAUGAACGUGCAGCUGUCGCCGCAGGCACAAGAAUUGCUGCCAAACAAGCAUGUGAUAUGAAAAUAUUUGACCCGACAAAGGUUGAUAUAAAAUCCCCCGAACAGUUUAAAUUAUUCACGGGGGACAAACUCAGGAGUUUUAAUCAAUCAGAACCAGUGCUUUCAUGGAAAACAGGAGAUUUCAAAUUCUGUUUCAGUCCUGUACUAGUUUGCAAACAUCCUUUAAAAACUGUAGGAUUAGGUGAUGCAAUAUCUGCUACAGGGCUUUUAUUCUCUGAAUAUGAUGCCAAAUAUGCUGACCAAUCAUAAAACAAAGAAACCUU